UUUCUCAUUGCCGAUCCGAACACAACGUUCUCUCCUUGAGACCCAGACAACACAAAUAUUCCUCACCUUUCAUUCAUAGACAAGCACAAACAAACUAUACCGACUUUCCUUAAGAGAGAGAGAGCUGAGAAAUGGAGUCGUUUGAUUCAUUCAGUGCCGAGGGCCAAUCGACCCCCGCGCGCCCUUUCGACGACGAGGGAUACACCGGCUACGACCCCACAUUCACACCCUCCGACGACUAUGCCACGGACCCGCCGCCCUCAGAUGAAGUAACUACCGAGCGCCAGAGCAACGAAGCAAACGGCUACAACGACGACGUUUACGGGACCAACCCGGACUACGUGUCGCCCUUCGAGUCGGCGGGCAAUGGGGAAGAUGAUGAUGAUGGUGGGGUCUUCGAAUCGGACGGCCCCGUCUUGCCACCACCUGAGGAGAUGCGCGAAGAAGGAGGGAAAUUGCGCGAGUGGAGACGUCAAAACGCAAUCCAUCUUGAGGAAAAGGAGAAAAGAGAGAAGGAGAUGCGGAAUCAGAUUAUUGAAGAAGCUGAAGAGUAUAAACGAUCCUUUUAUGAAAAAAGGAAGCUGAAUUGUGAAUCAAACAAGACUAGCAACCGAGAAAGAGAGAAGCUCUACCUGAUCAACCAAGAGAAGUUCCACAAAGAAGCUGACAAGCAUUACUGGAAAGCAAUAGCAGAGAUCAUUCCACGCGAGGUCCCUAGUUUUGAGAAGAGGCGAGGGAAGAAAGAAUCUGACAAGAAGCCUUCGGUUUCUGUCAUUCAGGGUCCAAAGCCUGGGAAACCUACUGAUCUUUCAAGAAUGCGGCAGCUUCUCUUGAAGCUGAAACAAAACCCGCCUCCACACAUGAUGCCUCCCCCGCCGCCCGCACCCACCAAAGACGGUAAGGAUGCAAAGGAUGCCAAGAAUGGGAAAAGUUCUACACCAACUGUAACAGAGGCUGCAGCAGGAAAUGCAUCUGCUUCACCGGCAAAAGAUGCCGACGUCGCUAAUGGUGCUUCUAACCCACCCAAACCAGAGGCUGCUGUGGGUGAACAAGCCCCUGCUGGGUGAUGACAUACCAUAUAUUUACUUAACUAUUAAUUUCUUCUUAUUUAUAUUAGCCUAACGUCUAUUUAAAAUUCAUUCUUUCUUAUUAUUAUUACUAACUCAUAACCCGCGCGUUGCGCGGAAUUCUACGGAAGAACUCAGCUUAUAUAUAUAUAUGUACAAAAUCUUAAACGCUUUUAUAUUUUAAGACGUUAAUGGAGUGAGAGAAAAAGAGACGUGCAUUUAUUGUAACGUA